UCGGGGUAGCACAAGAAGGCGGAAAUUGUUGGUUUAUUUUAUACGAUGUCAAUGAAUGGCAAUCGCAUAACUGGAAAUGUUCGCCUGAUGUUACUUAUGGAAGCGAUGUAAACGUAUGACAUGUCAUUGCCGUGACUAAACGUGUAUUCGGAGAAUGAUUAUUCCUGGAUUACUGCGUCGUGGGAUUCGUAAUUCUGACAAACCAUACGUAUCAAACAGUGGGCAACAGAAUCGUAGCUAGCUAGAUGACGAAAGCCAUUAACGCUAUUGCUGGCAAACGCUUGCUGCCACAAUGUGGUUGUGUAGUUAGUUAGCUAACUGAUCUUGUUGAACGACACAUUUAAUCGGUCGCUGUAGCUAUUAUCUGCUUGCCCAAGUAAUACGAAAUCGAUACGGUAAGUUAGGUUGCCACAUGCAGUGUUUUGCUGUGGCAUUGGGAUUCAGAUUGUCAUUCUUUGUGCAGGGCACGUAUAAAGCUAUGACAUCGACAACAACAACAACUCACAAUUAAUUAAAAAGGAUUGUUUUGGGCAGAGGAGAAGAAGAACUAUGUGCAGUGCGAGCAGGAUUGAUUGAAUUCUGUCUGCCUGUUGAGCCACAAUGAGACUAAAGCUGAAGACCGUCUUUGUCCUUUACUUCAUGGUGUCCUUGCUGGGGCUGAUCUAUGCACUGAUGCAGCUGGGUCAGCGCUGUGACUGUACUGACCAUGACAUGUCCCGGGACCGCGUAAUUUCUCGGCUACGAGGAGAGCUGCACAGUAUAAGGGAACAAAUGAAGAAGGCAGAAGCCACCAAGCCUCCAAAGGCCCCUCUGUCCACCAUCUAUGUGAUCACUCCCACCUAUGCCAGGCUAGUCCAGAAGGCCGAGCUGACUCGUAUCUCCCAGACCUUCCUGCACGUGCCCCAGCUCCACUGGAUUCUCGUGGAGGACUCGGCCAACAGGACGUCUCUGGUGUCGGAGUUCCUGGCGCACUCGGGCCUGACCUACACCCACCUGCACGUGCCCACUCCCCGCGACCGCAAGCUGCAGGAGGGCGACCCCAGCUGGCUGAAGCCCCGCGGGGCGGAGCAGAGGAACGAGGGCCUGCGCUGGCUGCGCGAGGAGUCCACCAGGGGGCGCCAGCGGGAACCGGGCGUGGUGUACUUCGCGGACGACGACAACACCUACAGCCUGCAGCUCUUCGAGGAGAUGCGCGGGACCCGGACGGUGUCGGUGUGGCCGGUGGGUCUGGUGGGGGGCAUGCGCUUCGAGCGUCCCGUGGUGGAGGGGGGCCGGGUGGUGCGCUUCCACACCGGCUGGCGCCCCGGGCGGCCCUUCCCCAUCGACAUGGCCGGCUUCGCCGUGUCGCUGCGGCUGGUGCUGGCCAAUCCCGAGUCCCGCUUCGACGGCAACGCGCCAAUGGGCUUCCUGGAGAGCAGCUUCCUGCAGGGCAUGGUCACCAUGGAGGAGCUGGAGCCCAAAGCCGACAUGUGCGCCAAGGUGCUGGUGUGGCACACUCGCACAGAGAAGCCGAAGAUGAAGAGGGAGGACGCUCUCCAGAAGCAGGGCCUGGGCUCCGAUCCCGGGGUGGAGGUGUGAGGCCCAGGGCCCCGGGCCCUCAGGAGCACGGCUGAGCCUGAUCUGCCUGGGGCCCCAAGGAGACCAGCCUAUACUGCCCAACAUUGCCCAGAGGAUUUUUUUUAUUUUUUUAAAUCUUUAUUUAUACAGGCAAGGUUGACUGAGUUUACAUGCUCAUUCACCGCAAUGCCUUGUUCAUACCCUCCCAAGACCUGAACCCGAUCCUGGGAUAGCCAGGAUCCUCUUAACGCAAAAACACGGGGGCACUUCUGCUGCGUACCGGCUCAAUUCCUAACCAGGGUAAGCAUAGGCCAAGCCUCCAUUUUCCUGCAAGUCAGUCUCCUCUUUUAUUAUUAU